AUGGAGGGAUCAAAGCACAAUGAAAAAAAGCACCAUAAAAAAGAUAAGAAAUCUAAAAAAGAUAAAAAGAAAAGAAGAGAUCGUGAGUCUGAUAAAUUAGAUUUAGAUGUACUUUCAGAAAGUGAGCUGAAGGAUUAGAUCAAGAAACUUCUUCAAGAAUAGAACAAGGACAAAACUCCCCAAUAAUCAAACCCAGAGAGGAAGAGGGAUUUGAAGCAAGUAGAAAAACAUGCAAAAAUUGAAUAGAAAUAAGCCAGGAAAAAUGAUAGCUCAAUUGAAUCCUCUGUGCAAGGAGACAGUGAUGAUGAUAUUAGAGGAACAAAAGCUAGCAAUAACCAAUCUAAUUAAAAAUUUGAAUUUGUGAAGGAUAAAGAGGGAAGCAUAAUCUUUGAUCUUAAUUAAAAGAAAAAAAUCAUAAUAAAAAAAUUCAAAGGAGUAAAGUAUAUUGACUUUAGAGAAACAUAUGACAAGAACGGAGAACUAGCAUUUACUCCAAAAGGAAUCUCGAUGACAAUAGAAAUGUGGGAGAAACUCAAGGAUAUGAUUCCAACUCUUGACUAGUAACUCAAGAAUUUUAAAUGA